GGAUCGAUUUUUACAUUUACGAACACCUUUCGCAAGAAUCGAUUACAUCGCGAAGUGAAACGCGAACCGACAAGGUUGUCGCCUUGGGCGAUGCGAGACGAGCUAGUGCAGACGAGAGCGGAAAGGAGACGCGGCGAGGUCGUAGCGCAACCACAGACAAGCCGUUGACAAACAAACAAAUAAAUAAAAACGAGGAAUCGAAUCGCGACGAUCUUAGAGAAUCGGAAUCGUUUGGAAUCGCUGGACCCACGUGACGCGCGGCGAUGCCGCGGGCUCGUCCAAUCGGACGCGGCGAUCGCGAGGCCACGCCCCCCUCCCCCACGUGCGGCGCGCAGCGGAACCGGCGAACAGACGCGGGGGAGACUCGGAGAGGAAGACACAAUCCCGUCUCAUGAACAUCAAAGCGUCUCUCUCAUUUGUGGAUAUACAACAGUUUGCUCAGUGUACAUGCUCACAUGGCACGGUUGGAGUGGGUUCUGGCCAGCUGUCUGGCCCUGUUGGCCACAGAUGGCUUGGUCAGCACGGCGGCAUAUUCCUGCGGAUUCUCCGUCAACCAGUUCCGGAGAGAUGUGGCGGACCCCAGCCCUGCGCGGGCGCUGCUUGACCUGUGGACGUUGUGCGUGUUGCGGGUAUUCACCUCGCUGGUGGUGUGCCUGGGGCUAGCGUGUGGCCCCAACCGGACCACACACGUCCUGCGCAGACUUGUGACACUCUACACCGUGCUGUGUUGUGCCAUGCCGAUCUACGCCACUGUCAAGUUGCUCAUUUGCUCUGAAGGGACGCGGGACCUCGACCCGUGGUUCUGGGCACUGUAUGUGUGGACGCUGGUUUCUUCGCUCCUGCUUUAUGGCAUGCUGCAGCUGGCCAAGGUCCAUGGCGUCGGCUUGAGGUCGUCGUCCAGCAGAAUCCAACGGCAAGGCGGCGACAGGCAGGAGGGAAGUGAGAGAGAGCGGCAGAGGCUGCUGGACCAGCAUGGGAAGGGGGUGGAUGGCAGUGGACUGGAAGGGCAGGAUGUGGAUCGUGGAAACAAGAAGGCCUCUCGAACCAACAUUCAGCGAUUGUUUUCCCAGUGCAAACCGGAUGCUGUCUAUCUGGCUGCUGCAUUUAUAUUCCUGGUCAUAUGCUCUAUAGGAGAAAUAUUUAUUCCUUACUACACGGGCCAGGUGAUCGAUGGAAUUGUCAUAAAGAAAAGCCAGGCUGCAUUCAGCAAAGCUAUCCUCUAUAUGUCUCUCAUUGCCAUAGCCAGCUCCAUAGCAGCUGGACUUCGAGGCGGCCUAUUCACGCUGACGAUCUCUCGUCUCAACAUCCGCAUUCGCAAUUUGCUCUUCCGUUCGCUCAUCCACCAGGAGGUGGCAUUUUUUGACACCACCCGCACAGGGGACAUAACGUCACGACUGAACUCGGAUACAACUGUGGUGAGCGACGUCGUGUCUCAAAACGCCAACAUUUUCCUGCGGAGCCUGGUCAAGGCGGGCGGAGUGUGCGUCUUCAUGUUCGGUCUCUCCUGGCGGCUCAGUCUGCUCACUCUGCUGGGUCUGCCCAUCGUCACACUUGUCUCCAAGUUCUACGGAGACUUCUAUGAGAAACUGUCCAAGGCGGUGCAGGACUCCUUGGCGGUGGCAAGCGGCGCUGCCGAGGAGGCGCUGGCGGCCGUCCGGACGGUGCGGAGCCUGGCUGGCGAGGAGGCCGAGUGCCAUCGCUACCGUGACGCGCUGCAGCACACGUACCACCACAACCGCCGGCAGGCCCUCGCCUACGCCGGCUUCUCGUGCAGCAACAGCUUGACACAGCUGGCCCUGCAGGUGGGCAUCCUAUACUAUGGAGGACACUUGGUGGUGACUGACCGCAUAUCAGGCGCACACCUUAUCUCCUUCAUCCUGUACCAGAUGGAGCUAGGCGCCUGUCUGGAGAACAUGGGUUCGGUGUACACAGGGCUGAUGCAGGCAGUUGGUGCUGCCGGAAAGGUGUUCGAGUACAUCGAACGGGAGCCGCGCAUGCGCACCGAUGGAACCUUGGCACCUGUGCAGUUGGAGGGGCAAGUUUCUUUCAAGGAUGUCACCUUCGCGUACCCAUCAAGGCCUGACGCACCUGUGCUGAAGGGCGUGUCAUUUGAGCUGCGGCCUGGGCUGGUAACGGCACUGGUGGGGCCGUCUGGGAGCGGCAAAUCAUCCUGCGUGCAUCUGCUUCAACGUCUCUAUGAACCUCUGGGCGGCCGCGUGCUGCUCGAUGGCCAGUCAGUGCACAAGUACCAGCACCACUACCUGCACACUAAGGUGGCGCUGGUAGGACAGGAACCCGUGCUCUUCGCACGUUCUCUUCGGGACAACAUUGCUUAUGGCAUGGAAGACUGCCCAGAGGAUGCAGUAAUAUCUGCUUCACAGCAAGCGAAUGCUCACGAAUUUAUCUCUGACCUGCCUCUUGCUUACCAAACAGAGGCUGGGGAAAAAGGAGCCCAGCUGUCGGGCGGGCAGAAGCAGCGCGUGGCGAUAGCGCGUGCGCUGGUGCGGGACCCACGCGUCCUCAUCCUGGAUGAGGCCACCAGUGCUCUGGACGCAGAGAGCGAGCACAUGGUGCAGCAAGCUCUGUACAAUGGCGAGUUGCGGGGCCGCACCGUGUUGGUGAUCGCCCACCGGUUGAGCUCUGUGGAGCGUGCUGAUCAUAUUGUGGUGCUGGAUCACGGCCGCCUGGUGGAGCAGGGACCUCACGCUCAGCUGAUGCAGCAGGGCGGUUUGUACGCACGCCUCGUGCAUCGCCAGAUGCUGGGGCUGGCCUCCGCCAUUGACCCCAGCGAGAAGGAAGUUGUUGGCGCAGAUGAGGUAAAGAGCGCACACUUGGAUGUGGGUGCUGGAUCACAAAUGGCCAGCAAGUGGAGCACAAGACCAAACCUUUUCCCAGGCACCCCAAUCUUCACUCACGUUCAGAACAAGAGUUUGAAUGGAACGUCUCGCACACGGCAUGGCACUUCCGUGGAGGUUGUCACAUCAAUUCCUAUGGGAAACGGGGAAAGAGCACCCGCCUCGCAUUCUCUGUAAGGCUUGGUUUGUUUGUGUGUGCGCAAGGCAGUGCCCUGUUUUUUAAGUCUACGGUGAGAGGGUUGCAAUGUGGUUUUUUGUUGAAAGUUGAACGUUUGAUUCGUGCACUGCCUUUCUUUUCAUCAAAGAGUAUCCUUUGAUGCUGUACUCAACUAUUGUUUAUGCCCCUUGCCAGAGGAAAGAAGGGAUUAUACUUUAUGCCUGUCCAUUGGCAAGACAAUCCUAAUUAAUGUUUACUCACUGUCCUAAAGCACUGCUGAGCAUAUUCCUGAUUGGGAAUGAUAGUGAAUAUAAGUGGACAAGUGGUAAGUUGGAAGUCUGUUGAGAUAAUUUCACAUGAGUGUUUUUUACCCUUAAUUUUUUGUGUUAUGUUUGAAACGUAUUUUUUUUCUUACAUCCAUUGCUGGCCUUUUCUGUAGUGAUGGUGUGAAGUCAUAUAUACUGUAUUGCCCUUAUUACUAUCGCUUGUUUACUUUAGUACAGAGAACAUUCCAUGCAGUUUGCAUUAUUUAUUGAGGUAUAACUUAAGUGCAAUAUAUAGUUCAAUAAUUGCAUUCGCAUAAUACGGUUAAACCAUCAUACAUACUUCGAUGCUUGUGCUGUAUUUCACUGCAUAUUAAAUUUGAUGAUUAGUGUCUGUGGCUGAUGAGACUGCCCGUAGCAAAGUCAUCAGGGACGCAGUCAUUCACGAACCUUCCCUGUGCCAGCCAAUCAUCAGGAUGGCAGCUACAAGCAAGCUGCGUUUUUGUCAACAUGGAUUCACUAGCAAUAUAACCCGUAAAAACAAAGUUUUUCACUAUAAAUCCUUUAUAUGCGUGGCGGCUAGAGUCCUCUCGUCCUCUGGCUUGAGAUGGCUGCCACCUAUGGGUCAGAUGAUUGUCUGCCAGUAUUAAGCAAUUGGUAAUUACAUAUUUAAUUUGUUUUCCCUAAACAGUGUAAAAUUUUGGAUUUUUUUUCACGAACAUAAAUUGUCACGCACAACGAGUCUGUGUGCAAAAUGUCAGCUCGAUUGGAUCACGGGAAGUGGGUUAAAAAACGACCGAAAGAUUUGUACGGUCGUAAGCAAGCAAGCACGCAAGCAAGCAAGCGAACUUAAUAUAAAGGAUUUAAAAAGCACUACAAUGCGUCAAACACCAGAUGAAGCAGAAAAACGGACUGGACUUGUCAGUCAAGUGUAAGGAUGUUUUCAAGCCAUGACCCCUUAAUCAAAGGUCAAAGGUCAAAGUAUCUUUUUGGAUUUGCCGAGUCAGAAACCUCACUUGUUCCUCGCAUGAAUGGCUGUGAUACCGCAGCGGAGACCUUACGUCAGGUGCGUUUCACUGGACAGAUACACGAGGCAGAUUUAGACUGUUGUACAUGGAAGCGUGGAUUCUUUUCAUGUGUCGGAUUACUGUAUGCUGUGAAUUUAAGAUAGUGUCUGCCAGUUUGUAUUUGGGGGUAAUUGAUAUACUUUUGCAUUUGUGGGAGCGGUGGUUUUUGCACCAUUCUCUGCCAUGGCUAACAUCUGGGGUCAUUGAUAACGAAAACUGCACUGAUCAAAGUGGUAAAGUAUGGUCAGAGAACUUCCAUGACCAAAGAAAGUCCCAACACUUGUUGUCUCGCACGCUCAAACGAGUCCAGUCCAUCACGGAUGCACACAAAGGUGUGGACGGGCCUUCUUCCAGCAGUGGAUUGACGGAGGGCUGUAAAUACAUAUUUAUUGUUUGCAAGUUUUUGUACGAAAUGAGCAAUAAACAAAUGAAUGUGUCUCAUAUGACAGCACUCAAAAGUCGUACGAAUUUCGCUAAUAACCAACAUCUCAUAUACUGCAUUUUAUUCUAGAUUUGAAGUGUUCGUGACUGCAAGGAUUCAUACUCUUUGUUUUUUUUUGGUAAAGUCACGGAGGUAAAAAAUAAAUAAAUGAAAAAACUAAAUUAUUGACGGAAGCUUGUGUUGCCUCCGAAACGUGAUUUAAUUUAGUUUUCAUUUAUAUAUUUUUUAACCUACGCGACUUUGCCGAACAAAACAAAGAGUACUGCAUUUUAUCUUUGUUAACAUGGGGUUUGGCAUAGCUGAUGUAACAAGGUGGGCAACUUUAGUUUGUCUACUUUGCAGUAUAGAGGUCAGUUACUACUCUCAUCAUCAACAUAAAAAACACGCUGCACUAUGCCUACAAAUUGUAACAAAAAUGUAAUGGAGAAUUACAUUGUUGAAUCGUGAGUUAUUAUGAGGGAUGACACGUGAGGUUUAGGAUGCUUACAACUGUCUUCAUGUCGGGCCUGCUUCGAACACGGGGUUAUGCAUUAUAUAACUUCAUACACAGCGCUAACGGACACGAUAUAAUGGCAUGUGUAAUCGCUGUUCAUGUCGGGACAUUUUGUAUGUUUAAGUGCAACAACGUGAAAUAAAGGCGUGCAAU